AUGGCUAAAGUCGCAACCUUCGCCUUGUUUGGGGUCCUGGCACCAUUACAACUCACCAACGGUGCAAUUAUUCCUCGUCAAACUGCUGACUUUGGCAAAUGCACUAACCCUACCAUUGCGUACGUCCAAGAUCAGGAUAGCAUGGCAGGGUAUGGUUACAAGCCUUCCAACACCAACGACUUUCCCCAUGGUGCAACGUCUGACAUAACCACCAUCGCAAACUUCAUCUGCUCCAACCUCCAAAACGUAUGCCAAGCGCCCACUUCAUCCUGGUUCCUUUGCACAACCGCUGGGGCGGCGGCCAAUGGCAAAGAAGGCCAGGAAGCAGUCGGCGCAUUCAACGCUGUCAUGAACCAAGAGGAGUCCUCACAAGGCUCAUCGUCUGAUUCUUCUGCUGCAGAUGGAGCUGUAGAUGGAGCUUCAGGUGGAGCUACGAUUCAGCCAAGUCUAAACAUGAAGUUCUCCAAAGAAACCGUCGUCUUUGAAGAGCACAUCGAUCCUAUAUGGUGGUUCAACGAAUAUCUCAAGGCGGACGGGCAGCCUGCCCUCUGCGAUGAGACACCGCAUCGUAUGCCCAACGACCACUACAUCACCUUCACCUGCGAAAGCGCGGAUUCCAACAUUGUGCCUAUGAUGAAAGAGGCGCUCAUCGCCAUUGUCAAAGACACCAUUGACAACACGGAGCUACCAGAUGACCAGCGCAUGUUUAUGCACCGCGAGGGUCUUUGCUGGGAUGGGCAUACGAACCACUGCCACAUCACAGAAGGGUAUCCCAGUACGGUCUUCCCGCAGUCUGUUCACGUUGCUGUCGCUAUUGAAGUCCCCGGUACGGGCGGUUCUGGCGCACUGUCAGGGAACCUCCGCUAUUCCAUCACGGAUAUUUCGUCGAACAACUGUGCCAUGUGCUCUUAUCUAUCUACCAGCGGGGGAGCUGCUUCUGCUCUGACCAGUGUUGCUUCAGUCGUGAUGAGUUUUAGUGAAUUGAUCGCUCCUGGAAUCUCUAUUGCGACGGCAGCCGUGAGCUUCUCAUGCCUGACUUCGUGUUAG